AUGCCAUUUGUAAAAUCCAUCUUUCGCCGCUUGAAGGGCAAGAACGCAGAGCAACGAGCUACUUCACAAUCUUCCAAUGAUCAGCCAUCGGUCCAAGCCUCCGAGUCUAAGUCCAAGCUCAAGGAGGGCGGUUUCUGGAAGAAAUUUGAUUGGUGGUUGAUGUGCGCUUUGGCCAUCCCAGUGAUACUUGAAACUUUAGACUAUACGGUUGUCGCCACUGCGCAACCUCGGAUUGCAUCUGUAUUCAACGCCUUCAACCUGCAAAGCUAUAUUGGCACGUCAUACUUGUUAGCAUCAACAGUUUUCUUGCCCUUCUUUGCAUCCAUUGCCGAUAUCUAUGGUCGUCACUUCGGACUGCAAUUGUCUCUUCUAUUCUUCCUUGUCGGUAGUACCUUCAGUACAGGAGCUGUCAACAUGACAAUGCUUUUGGUUGGCAGAGGAAUAGCCGGCAUUGGAGCCGCUGGUUUGUUGACAGCUGUGCGGAUAAUAAUGUUGGAUUCGUCCUCACUGGAUACGAAUAAUAUCCAGCAAUCCGCUGCGUUCUGCUUGUAUGCUCUCGGUUUUUGUAUAGGCCCCGUCAUCGGUGGUUUCCUAGUCACGGCCAGCUUUCGCUGGGUGUUUGCAAUCAACAUUCCGUGUGUUGCUCUUGCCAUGGUUCUGUGUUUCUUUUUGCUUCGCAAACGUGUCGAAGGUGCCAAAUCAUUCGAGGAACUUCCAGGUUCCACUAAAUGUAUGACAUGGAUAAUGAAGUUUGCCCUUAUCGACUGGAUCGGAACGUUCCUCUUCGUUAUAGGAGGCAUACUCAUUCUGCUUGCGCUGAACUGGGGUCCCGAUGACGACUGGAAGAGUGUUCGCGUCAUAGUCUGCCUGGUUGUUGGUGUCAUUGUCUUUGUGACCUGCAUUCUUUGGGGGGUCGUCUUGGAGCGGAAGCACCAAGCUUCUACCGUAACAAUUUCGGCACUUUAUCAUGCGCAGCCCAUGCUACCUCUCAAACUCUUUCGGUCCUACGACAUCUGUGUCUUGUAUUACGGUUGCUCCGCGUCCGGCAUCGUCAUUUUUGUGAUGUUCUACUUCGUCGCAAUAUUUAUGACUGUCGUCUCUGGCUUGCCACCUGAUCAAGCCGGUAUACAACUCCUUUAUUUUGCUCCUGGCCUAGGAGGAGGUUCAUUUUUUUCCAUUUGGUUGGUCAAGCACUUCAGACAGCCGAUAUAUUCAAUCGUUGCUGGAUUAAUUGUCAUGACCAUUGGUUUGGGUCUCAUUCAGAUGGGCAUGCAGAAGAAUGUGCAAGGGCUUAUCAAUGGUUUCAUGUGCCUGACAGGUUUUGGAGUUGGUCUUACAGCUGGCCCUAAUUCCAUCCAAGCUCGCUUUUUGAUGUCAGACCAUGUCGCCGCAACUAGCGCUUUGUUACUUUUCUUCCGUGCCCUCGGUGGAACCGUCGGUCUAGCACAGUGUUUCACUGUCAUGAACGCUAAAGUCAAUCCCUACAUCGCAGGGCAGAUACGAAGUGGUACUAUCUCAGGCUCUGACCUCAAUGCCCUUGAAGCGCUCUACAACAGUGGUGGCCUUGACUCUAUCCAGUCGCUCGAAGGUCUGCCGCCUGUUGUGCAGCAAAUCAUCCGUGAUGCUUUCAGGAAUGGUGUCCGCUGGAGCUUCAUCUCGCUCAUUCCUUGGACUGCCUUGGCAGUCAUCCUGUCCUUGUUCCUUUCCAAGAUCCCUGAUCCUGAUGCUCAGAGGACCGAUCAUGACGAAGAAAUCAAGCUACCAGAAUAUGUCGAGACGCGAAUGCCUUUCGAGGAGCUAGAGGGUGUCGAAUAUCUUGGCAUGCCCGAUCAGCAACAGAACCGUUGA